CCAUGGGGACAGCUGUCCUGCGCAAGCGCAGAUGUCUUCAAGAUGGCGGCCGUAGCUGCCGCGCGGGCUGUUCCUGUUGGUCCUGGACUCCGCGGCCUGCAACGGACGCUGCCUCUUGUGGUGAUUCUCGGGGCCACGGGCACCGGCAAAUCCACUCUGGCAUUACAGCUAGGCCAGCGGCUCGGUGGCGAGAUCGUCAGCGCUGACUCCAUGCAGGUUUAUGAAGGCCUAGACAUCAUCACCAACAAGGUUUCUGCCCAGGAACAGAGAAUGUGCCGGCACCACAUGAUCAGCUUUGUGGAUCCUCUUGUGACAAAUUACACCGUGGUGGACUUCAGGAACAAGGCAACUGCUCUGAUUGAAGAUAUAUUUGCCCGAGACAAAAUUCCUAUUGUUGUGGGAGGAACCAAUUAUUACAUUGAGUCCCUGCUCUGGAAAGUUCUUGUUAAUACUAAGCCUCAGGAGAUUAGCACUGGGAAAGUGAUUGACCGGAAGGUAGAGCUCGAAAAGGAAGAUAUCCACACACUCCACAAACGCCUAAGCCAGGUGGACCCAGAAAUGGCUGCCAAACUACACCCGCAUGAUAAACGCAAAGUGGCCAGGAGCUUGCAAGUGUUUGAGGAAACGGGAAUCUCUCAUAGUGAAUUUCUUCAUCGUCAACAUGCAGAGGAAGGUGGUGGUCCCCUUGGAGGCCCUUUGAAGUUCCCUAACCUUUGCAUCCUCUGGCUCCAUGCUGACCAGUCAGUUCUAGAUGAGCGCUUGGAUAAGAGGGUGGAUGACAUGCUUACUGCUGGGCUCUUGGAUGAACUAAGAGAUUUUCACAGACGUUAUAAUGAGGAGAAAGUUGCAGAAAAUAGCCAGGACUAUCAACAUGGUAUCUUCCAAUCAAUUGGCUUCAAGGAAUUUCACGAGUACCUGAUCACUGAGGGAAAAUGUACACCAGAGACUAGUAACCAGCUCCUAAAGAAAGGUAUUGAGGCUCUAAAACAAGUGACCAAGAGAUAUGCUCGGAAGCAGAACCGAUGGGUUAAAAACCGUUUUUUGAACAGACCUGGUCCCAGUGUCCCACCAGUGUAUGGCUUAGAAGUAUCUGAUAUCUCAAAGUGGGAGGAGUCUGUUCUUGAACCUGCUUUUGAAAUUGUGCAGAGUUUCAUCCAGGGCCAUAAGCCUGCAGCUGCUCCAGUAAAAUUGCCAUGCAGUGAAACUGAGAACAAGAGAAGUCAUCACAUGUGUGACCCCUGUGAUCGAAUCAUCAUUGGGGACCGCGAAUGGGCAGACCUCAGUGGGGGUGAGGCACGAUUGCAGGGAAAGCCAGGGUCUCACCCAAGACACCGAAGACAGAGAAGCAGCUGGGAGGGAGCAGGAAGGCAGUUAUUCCCGAGCAUGUUCUUCAAAAAUGGCGUCUCUUGGGUAAUUUUUAAGCACAUAUAAAGUCAAAAUCCCACUUGCACCAACUGAAGAAAAGAAGAAAAUUGGACUCAGAUGUCAUUACCAGAAAAAGUCAAAGUAUAUCUCCAGACCGUGAAAAAGAACUUAAAGAGAAGGGAUCCCCAGGACAAAUUGAUGAUACACUGAAAUCCAGUGUUUAAAAGAUAUGUCCAGUGGCCUUUGCAAAGGCGCUGGGGAUCCAGUGCAGGAGGGAAGAUCAUGUUAGUGUCAUAGUCUGGACAGAGUAGUGCUGUGCAGAAAGCUUCCAUUCUUUUCUUUUGUUAAAUGAUACGGCUUUAAAGUCUCAUGUUCUCUGUCAUGGAGACAGCAGGUCUUGUUAGCUCCUUAUGUGGCUGAUGUGUCUGGUAAUGAUGAGUUUGGCAAGGGAUUUUUUUUUUUCAACCUUAAAGGUUCUAUUUUUAAAAGAGGCACAGAUUGCAUUUUUUUAUACUUGAGGAUCUUUUUGGUGAGGAGCACCAGGAUUCACUAUAUCCCUUAGAAAAGAAGUCUUAAUGUCCCUGAUUCUGGAUAAAAAUACCUAGUUGAUGGACUUUUGUGGGUGGCUGAUACUGUGAGCCGCAAAUUAGGAGUUCUGGAUUUGAGUGAAUAGCAGGAAAGGACCAGCCCCAGUGAGAUGAUGAAAUAAACCAAACCAGUUCUUGGAAUUCUAUAAAGGAGGAAAGAAUCAAGACUGAGAUAGCUGUGACAUGGGACUUGAAAACUAAAGACUUCAACAUUUGUUGAGCCCCUCCUGUGUGACAGUUACUGUCACUGCUGUCUUUCUAUUUAUUAAUCAAAAAUAAUUUUUAUUGAAAGUUCAAUAAAGAAAAAGUUUGCAAGA